AUGUUGCUAGUAUCAGUUUUCUUCCUCUUGAUCCCCCAUGUGCUUUCCUUAACCUUUAACUUCACCGAAUUCCGGGGCGAUGACAACAUGACUUUAGAAAAAUCAGCUCGUCUGCAGGGAUCAUCCAUCGACUUGGUAACUCCGUUCACUGACGGUGUCGGGCGAGCAACAUAUCACCUACCGAUGCACUUGUGGGACAAAGCCACCGGGAAACUCACAGAUUUCUCCACCAACUUCACCUUUGUGAUUUUUUCAAAUAACAGCCUCAACGAGUCUGGCGAUGGGAUGGCCUUCUUCUUAGCCCCUAAGGAUUCAAAGCUCCCUAAUAUUCCAGAAAGGGGAGGAGGUGGUUUGGGUCUGAUAAGUCUGAUUAAUGCAACAGAUCUUCCAUUGAUGGGUCUGAAUAAUUCAACAGAUCAUCCAUUUGUUGCUGUGGAGUUUGAUAUCUUUCGCAAUUACUGGGAUCCUCCGUAUAUACAUGUGGGUGUCGAUAUCAAUUCUACUAAUUCCGUUAGUUCUGUUCAAUGGGACGCUGAUAUCAAAGGAGGCAGAACAAAUGAGGCUUUCAUCAGCUACAAUGCAAGUACGCAUAAUUUAAGCAUCUCCUUCACUGAUGGUUUUGAUCUUUCUAACAACACUGUGUGGCGACAUCUUCAUCACAUAGUUGAUCUACGAGAGUACCUGCCUGAAUUGGUUACUUUCGGUUUCUCAGCCGCCACCGGACGAUACUAUGCAGUACACACGAUCGAUAGAUGGAGUUUCCACUCAGAGGACCUCCCAACUGUUGCUCCUAGUCCAAGUCCAGUACCAAGUCUAAGCCCGAGCCCGAGCCCAAGCCGAACGAGUAGAAAUUACACAGCACUUGCAACAGGAUUAGGGGUUGGAGGAUUACUGUUAGUUGUUGGGGCGGCAUGGUUUGUGUUGUGGAAGAACAAAAAGAAAAUGGAAGAUGAUGAUUCUAAUGAGAACAUAAGUGAAGAUGAUUUUGAAAGAGGAACAGGUCCCAAAAAGUAUUCAUAUGCUGAACUAGCAAGUGCUGCAAAUUAUUUUAAAGAUGAGCACAAGCUUGGACAGGGAGGAUUUGGAGGUGUCUACAGAGGUUUUCUCAAAUAUUCAAACUCCUAUGUUGCCAUAAAGAGAAUAUCAGAGGGCUCUAAACAAGGGAAGAGGGAGUUUGCUUCGGAAGUAAGAAUUAUUAGUCAACUAAGACAUCGAAAUUUGGUGCAUCUAAUCGGUUGGUGUAAUGAAAGGAGAGAACUAUUGCUAGUUUAUGAGUACAUGCCAAAUGGAAGUUUAGAUUCUCAUCUUUUCAAGGACGAAAGGUUGCUGACAUGGUCAAUUAGAUUUAAAAUUACUCAAGGCUUGGCCUCUGCAUUAUUGUACCUGCACGAAGAAUGGGAACAGUGUGUGGUCCAUAGAGACAUAAAAUCAAGCAACAUCAUGCUAGACUCAAACUUCAAUGCAAAACUUGGAGAUUUUGGAUUGGCACGGCUUGUAGACCACACAAAAGGAGCACAAACUACAGCUUUAGCAGGAACCAUGGGCUAUAUGGCUCCUGAGUGUGUUAUCACUGGAAGGGCUAGCAAAGAAUCUGAUGUCUAUAGCUUUGGAAUUGUUGCUCUAGAGAUAGUUUGUGGGAGAAAACCCAUCAACCCAAAGGCUCCAGAUGAUGAAAUAAACAUAGUGCAAUCGGUAUGGGAUCUCUAUGGAAGUGGUAGAAUCCUGGAAGCAGUUGAUCCAAGGCUGCAAGGAGAUUUUGACCAUGAUCAAGUCGAAUGCCUCAUGCUUGUUGGGUUAUGGUGUGCUCAUCCUGAUCAAAAUCGCAGGCCUUCAAUAAGGCAAGCAAUUCAUGUGUUAAACUUUGAAGCUAAAAUUCCUAGUCUUCCUUCAAGUUAUCCUAUACCAACGUAUGAUGAAUUUCCGGUGCCCUUAUCAUUUUCAAUUCUAUCCAAUGCCAAUGCUUCAGAGGUAAGUCCAAACCAGAAAAUUAGCUUUAGUUCCAACACAAACUCUUCUGGUUACGCUACAACUUUCUGA